CUUUCCGGAAGUGCCCGGCUGGCUGACGGAGAAGGGGUUUGCCUGAACGCGGCCAGGAGAGGGUUGUGGUGCUGGAGCUUGGGUGACGGCUGGAGGAGCGACUCGGGGUUGAGGUGGGCUUCAGGAGAGAGCUGGGCGGCGGGAUGAUGGAAGAGGAGGAACUGGAGUUCGUAGAGGAGCUGGAAGCCGUGCUGCAGCUCACGCCUGACGUGCAGCUCGCCAUCGAGCAGGUGUUUCCAAGCCAGGAUCCUCUAGAUCGAGCAGAUUUCAAUGCUGUGGAGUAUAUCAAUACCCUGUUCCCAACAGAACAAUCUCUGGCAAACAUAGAUGAAGUCGUGAACAAAAUUAGACUGAAAAUAAGGAGACUGGAUGACAAUAUUCGAACUGUUGUAAGAGGUCAAACAAAUGUGGGGCAGGAUGGCAGGCAAGCACUUGAAGAGGCCCAGAAAGCUAUUCAGCAACUCUUCGGCAAAAUCAAAGAUAUCAAAGACAAAGCAGAAAAAUCAGAGCAAAUGGUUAAAGAAAUCACCCGCGAUAUUAAGCAGCUAGAUCAUGCCAAACGCCACCUGACCACCUCAAUCACAACGCUGAACCACCUGCACAUGUUAGCAGGUGGCGUGGAUUCCCUCGAAGCCAUGACCAGGCGAAGACAGUAUGGAGAAGUUGCUAACCUUCUUCAGGGUGUGAUGAAUGUUCUGGAGCACUUCCACAAGUAUAUGGGAAUUCCACAGAUCCGGCAGCUUUCUGAAAGAGUGAAAGCUGCCCAGACUGAGUUAGGACAGCAAAUCCUCGCUGAUUUUGAAGAAGCAUUUCCUUCCCAGGGCACCAAGAGGCCAGGAGGACCCAGCAAUGUCCUACGAGAUGCAUGUCUGGUUGCUAAUAUUUUGGAUCCCAGAAUCAAACAGGAAAUCAUCAAAAAGUUUAUUAAACAGCAUCUGUCAGAAUAUCUAGUACUUUUUCAAGAAAACCAAGAUGUUGCCUGGCUGGACAAAAUCGACAGACGCUAUGCCUGGAUAAAACGCCAGCUUGUGGACUAUGAGGAGAAAUAUGGUCGUAUGUUUCCACGUGAGUGGUACAUGACUGAGAGGAUUGCAGUAGAAUUUUGCCAUGUCACAAGGACAGAACUUGCCAAGAUUAUGCGUACCAGAGCUAAGGAAAUUGAAGUGAAAUUGCUUCUUUUUGCUAUUCAAAGAACGACUAACUUUGAAGGGUUUCUUGCCAAACGCUUCUCCGGGUGCACCCUGACAGAUGGAACUCUGCAGAAAAAACUUGAGUCUCCACCCCCAUCCACCAAUCCCUUCCUGGAAGAUGAGCCAGCACCAGAGAUGGAGGAACUGGCAAUAGAGAAAGGAGAUUUAGAUCAGCCAAAGAAGCCGAAAGCCCCAGACAAUCCAUUUCAUGGCAUUGUUUCCAAGUGUUUCGAGCCUCAUCUCUACGUGUAUAUUGAGUCCCAGGACAAAAACCUUGGAGAGCUGAUUGACCGGUUUGUGGCCGAUUUCAAAGCCCAGGGGCCACCUAAGCCCAACACUGACGAAGGGGGUGCCGUGCUCCCCAGCUGUGCUGACCUCUUUGUCUACUACAAGAAGUGCAUGGUGCAGUGCUCUCAGCUCAGUACUGGGGAGCCAAUGAUCGCCCUGACCACCAUUUUCCAGAAGUACCUCCGAGAAUAUGCCUGGAAAAUCCUCUCUGGCAAUCUACCCAAAACCACAAGCAGCAGUGGAGGCCUGACCAUCAGCAGCCUCCUCAAGGAAAAGGAAGGCUCAGAAGUAGCCAAGUUCACUCUAGAGGAGCUCUGCCUCAUCUGCAGCAUCCUAAGCACAGCAGAGUACUGUCUGGCCACCACCCAGCAGCUAGAAGAAAAACUCAAGGAAAAAGUUGAUGUAAGUCUGAUUGAACGAAUCAAUCUGACUGGAGAAAUGGAUACGUUCAGCACUGUCAUCUCUAGCAGCAUCCAGUUGUUGGUUCAAGAUCUGGAUGCUGCCUGCGAUCCUGCCCUGACUGCCAUGAGCAAGAUGCAGUGGCAGAAUGUGGAGCACGUUGGUGACCAGAGCCCUUAUGUCACCUCUGUCAUUCUUCACAUUAAGCAGAAUGUCCCUAUUAUCCGUGACAACCUGGCUUCCACACGGAAAUAUUUCACUCAGUUCUGCAUUAAAUUUGCAAACUCCUUCAUUCCCAAGUUCAUCACCCACCUCUUCAAGUGCAAGCCAAUUAGCAUGGUGGGAGCAGAACAGCUGUUGCUGGACACCCAUUCCUUGAAGAUGGUCCUGCUCGAUCUACCUUCCAUUGGCUCACAGGUGGUGAGGAAAGCACCUGCCAGUUACACUAAGAUUGUUGUGAAAGGCAUGACUCGGGCGGAAAUGAUACUCAAGGUAGUGAUGGCCCCUCACGAACCAUUGGUGGUGUUUGUUGACAACUAUAUCAAACUCCUUACGGACUGCAACACAGAAACCUUCCAGAAGAUACUGGACAUGAAGGGGCUGAAGAGAAGCGAGCAGAGCAGCAUGCUGGAACUCUUGCGCCAGAGGCUACCCACCCCGCCUUUGGGGCCAGAAGGCUCCAGCUCACUGUCCCUGCUGGCUCCCACACCGGAACAGGAAUCCUCUCGUAUCCGCAAGCUGGAGAAACUGAUUAAAAAGAGACUGUAGGAGCCUACACGGGGCACUUUUUUCCCCUGGCCCAUGACCCUCAGCACCCCGCUGCCCGGAAGCCCCCCCCCCCCCCGCCCACCUCUCCUGUGCUCACCCUGACUUUCAGAUCAUCAGUCUUAAAACUUCCUGGGACAUUUGGGUUGUUCAUGAGUCUUCCCCAUGACCUGUCAUGAUUCGCAUCCUGAUCAAGAAGCCAAGCAAGGGCAGGGUGAUGAAAAGCCUCCUUAGUUGGUCCCGGAUUCCUGCAGCAGAGGCAGUGGUGGGCGAAAGGGCCCUGCAGUCCACUUGUGUCCCACCACCACCCUUGUCACUGGCCUCACCGCCUCACCUCUGCAGUGACAUCGCCCGGCAUGUGGCCCCGUCUCCCGUGCCUGUGCAGGCAACUUGGGUGAGAAACCCUGGGUCUCCCCCCUUCCAUCUGCCGCUGUUUGAGGUUACCUCUGUAGCCAGGCCCUAAGAUUUGUCCUCCCUGCUCCGUGAGCGUGGCUCUGGGGCCCGAGUUGGCAAAUGGCAGGUGGAGGACAUUGGCCUUGCCUUAUGAAGGCCAUGGAGGCAGGAGCACUCUUCCUUGUAGAUCCAUUUCCUGGUACGUAUUGUCAUGACUGGGGCAGUGCGUUCUUCCCGUUUCCCCCUAACCUGCAGUCCUCUGUAUACAUCCAAGGAGAAAGUCCCACUGUAUCUUUCACCCAGGAAGAUUGUAUGUGCCAGGCCUUGGAAGCAGGUGUCCUCUGUGCCAUAGGGCUCCUUGCUUGGGGGUGGGGGUAGACCCAUAUCUGCACACUCACUGCAUGACGUAAGCAGAUUAUUUUCUCCAUUUCUUUAUUCCCACCCUGCUCCUGACUUCUAGAGGAGGGAUUGCCUUCUGUGAAGAGAAACUAAGAUGUUUUCCUAGAAAAAUUGUCCUAGGCUUUCUCCUCAGAUGAAGUUGUGGGACAGUGCAGGAGGCCUGGGCCCUCUAAUCCCCUUCCUGCCCAUUUAUUUUCAAGCCCAAAUUACUUUCCAGAAUGAUCUGAAACAACAAAGGUGAUGUGAAGUGCCAGAAUGACAUAUGACUUUAUUACUAAUGGGAAAGAACCCAGGUCCAUGGAUACCUUAGGAACAGAAUGUUGACCUUAAACACCUGCUCAGAGCCUGGCCCAGCCCAGAACACACCCCGACCCCUGACCCCUGGCCUGCCCGUCCUGUCCGCUGGCACGCAGCCAGCACAGCUUGGCAGAGAGAACUGCCUCCGUCCUCACAUCAUCCUGCAGCGCGAGAACGGGCAGCAUAGCAGGUAGCUGCCCUGAUUGGCCAGGUUCGCGGGGACCCCGAACCCCAGCUCACCGUGACCACAGCCUUGGGGGGGCCGCUGUUAGUGUGGGCAUUCUUCGGGAAUUCGGAACAAGUUGCUGGCCAGGUGGGGAGAGAGCUAAGGAGGAAGGAGGAGCUCUUUACAGAGAAGGCACGUAACAGGCCUCGGGAUAAAAUUGGGAUAUCAAAUAGCACUCAGAAAUGGGUUUUCAGGAUAGAGGAAGUUUCCUGAAAAUCCAUACAACUUGUGAUAGCCACACAGGAGGACACUUUAAGGUCUGAAAAGCAGACCAGGAACUGAUGAUUUCCCCCCUUCUUGUUCUCCAAUCCCCUUCCCUCUCCGUUAACCUCCUCCCAGACUCUGUCCAUCGCCCCCAGCUUUGAUCCUGAGCCCUGUUUGUUCCUCAGCUUCCAGGCUCCUCUUGCUUGUCCGUGUGACUCUGACAUGCUGAGCAUCUCAAACUCAACAGCGCUGGGAGGAAAGUGCGGCCCUUGGCUGAGCUCUCAAGAAAAGCUUGCUAAAUAGGAAAGGGCAGAUAGGGUGGGGAGGGGAUUGGGCAAGCACGCGGGCAGAGCAGCUGGCAAGACUUCACUUUGCCGGGACAGCCGUCGUCUCACUCCGGUGACGUCCUACCGCCCGCACUAAUGGAGGUUAGCCUCUCUUCCUGCUCUUGAAAGGGGGGCCGAUGGGCCCAUCUGCAAACGUCACAGCCAUUUGGGCCAGCCGUCGUCAACCUGGGGAGCCGGGGAAGCCGGCGGACUCCACCUGGUUCUUGUCCCUCUCGGUGUCUAUAGAUGCACACUUCUCUUUUUGGUUCAUUCCUGAGGAGUCGUCUUCUGGACAUCCCCGUAACGCAUCGAGAUGUGAAGCUGCUGUUUUCUCCCAGUUGGUGGUCACAGCCAGGGAAGUUGCUCUCUUGAUUUAUUACAUUGUCAGGAAUCUCCAAGGAGCUAACAGAUGUCAGUAGGAGUUAUAUGAAAUGUCUCGUUGAUGGGGUCUGAAUGCUGUGUAUGCAUCCUCUAAAGACAGAGCACGUUUCUCAACCGGGGGUACGCAUCAGAAUCACCUGGGGCCCUUUUUACACGUAUAGUUGCCUGGAGAUUCUGAAUCAGUAUGUCUGGAGUGGGGCCAGGUACAGAAGUAAUUACAAUGUUUACCCCUUUGUUAAAAACCACUGCAAUAGAGAGAAAUUUGCUUUAUCACAGUGUUCCUGUAGCACAUUUUCAUAAAUGUAUAUUUAUCCUGGCUCUCUAAGCAAGUGUAAUUCCUGUACAAUUGAGCUGGUACCAACAUGGUAAAGAUUCGUUGCUAAUAUCCAGCAGCUUUAAUUUUAAGCUUGUGUUGAUGAUAGGGAUCAUGUCAGAAUUGUGCUGUCCCUAUACAGACUAGAAUUCUUAAAGUUUUGACGGCCAAGCCCCAAACAGAUUUGUUCUAUUACUGUCACUUCAAAAUAACAUGAAGGAGGACUCACUGGUAAUAACUGUAACAAACAACACUGUUACUCAGCUAAAUUAGAUAUUGUACCCAUUCCUCCCCCCGGCUUUCUCUAA